AUGUCAAUUGUAAAAUGGUUCUGUACAUUACAAUCAUCAGUUGUAGAUUUUAAUAUUGAUACAACAGAUGAUAUAACUGCUCCCACUUUGUUGUGUAUUCUAGAUAAUAUCAAAGUGACUGAUCACUUUGAUUUGGAUUUGAAAAUGAGUACCCCUGGUUUCGAAUAUAACAAAGCAAUCGACAUUCCCUCAGUAAUAUUUUGUCAUUCUCAGUGGAUAACACUGCAAUCUAUAUUGAAUUCAAGCAGUCGAGUGCUCGUUUUAAAUGAAUCCAAUUUGACUCUUCAUGAUAUCAAUAGCUUCUUAAAACACUGGCUGAACGGAUCCAAUCCAAAACUUGAGUAUAUUUCUAUUCGACGAUCAAUGAAAGGUAAUGCAAUCGAAGAAGAUAUUAAAGAAGCCUUCCAGAUAAUAACAAAGGAUCUCGAGGUCAGGGAGCAUGAGGAAAACGAAAAGAGACCGAUGCGAAUAUCAAUGUAA